AUGUUCUCCAACUUGAUUGUUUCCUUGGCGAUAGUCCUGUGCGUAGCCCAGUGCGGUCAAUGCCUGUACAAACCAUGCACUCUGGAAUGGUUACCAAUCUGUGGGUCAGAUGGUGUAACUUAUGGUAAUAAGUGUCUCUUCGCACAAGCCGUCAAGAAGGAUUCCACCCUGACUGUUGCCUUCGAAGGAAGUUGCGAGGAAGGACCUAGAGCUAGGAACGCUCCAAUCUGUACUCUGGAAUGGUUACCAAUCUGUGGGUCAGAUGGUGUAACCUAUGGAAAUAAAUGUUUCUUUGCACAAGCCGUCAAGAAGGAUUCCGCUCUGACUGUUGCCUUCGAAGGAAGUUGCGAGGAAGGACCUAGAGCUAGGAACGCUCCAAUCUGCACUCUGGAAUACUUCCCAAUCUGUGGUUCAGAUGGUGUAACCUAUGGUAACCAAUGUUUUUUCGAUUUCGCCGCCCGCAGAGACGACACAUUGAAAAUUGUCGGUUACGGUAAAUGCAAGGAUAUCAAAGAUAUCUAA